GCCAUCAAGUACGUCUCUAAACGAGGAACACAGAGACUGAGAGUUGAAGGUCAGGGUCGGCUGCCGCUGGAGGUGGCGUUGAUGACCCUGGUCAAUUCGGCUCCUGCCUGCCCCAACGUCCUGAAGCUGCUGGAGUGGUUUGACCGUCCCAGACGCUACACCAUGAUCCUGGAGCGCCCGCUUCCUUGCCAAGAUCUGGAGAGUUUCUGUGAGGAGAACGGACGCCUGGAGGAGAGACUGGCCAAGAAAGUGCUGCUGCAGCUGAUCACGGCGCUGAAACACUGCGAGAGCCGUGGAGUCCUGCACCGGGACGUCAAACCAGAGAACCUGCUGAUCUCCACAGACUCACAUGACAUCAAGCUGCUGGACUUCGGCUGUGGAGAUCUGCUGAAAGACUCGGCCUACAAACACUUUGCAGGCACUCUUCAGUACGCCCCUCCUGAGUGGUUUCGGCAUCACCGUUAUCAUGCGGGACCGGCUACGGUUUGGUCAGUGGGGGUGACGCUCUACAACAUCCUGUGCAGCUGUUUCCCCUUCAGAGGCGCAUUGAGGGUCACCUCCAAAAGCAGACUGCUCUUUGCUAGAGAGCUGUCGACAGGCAAGAGACAGAAAUCAGGUCCAGAUCCAGGUGAAGCGUGUGGUUUUGUGUUCCUGAACACUGUGUUGUGUGUAACAGAGUGCCGUCAGCUGAUUCGCUGGUGCCUCAGUGCAGCGGCAUCAGAUCGGCCCAGUUUAGACGACAUUGAGCGCCACCCCUGGUUACACUGAGCAGGUGGCCAGUGACACACACUUAUCUGACUCACAGCAGUCAUGGCUGGAUUGUCUUGUUAGGAUCAGACUAGAUAAAUGCUUCUGAUUGUUUGUAUAGGGUGAGCAGGAGUGACACAGGAAGUGCAGAGAACAGCUUCCUGAUCACCUACAGAAAGAGCAGAGGAUCAUGGACUAAUGGCCGCCACACAAUGAAGGGUUUUGAUCCUCUGCUCCAGUCUGUGAGGGGCUCUGUGUGGAUGCUGGAGGAGUCUGAACACACAGCAGCUGAAACCUCAGCCCGACGGGCCACAGAUCAAUAUGUGUAGUUUCUCCACAAAUACAGUCGAGAGAAGGGAGAAAAGUGUCAAGAAGCAGAACAGGAUCAGAAAGAGUCUGGGGCAGAGUGUUAACUAGCAUAAUGUAUUCAUGGAAAAAAGUCCACUUGGUGUUAGACAGAAUUUAAGUCACCAAAAAAUUAAGUAGUAAUUCAAGUAGUCCCCACAAUGUUUACGAAACAGAAAUGUUGAAAUUUUACACAUUCAAAAGCAAUGAAUAUAAUUAAAUCAAAUUGUGACAAAAUGUUAAAGAAUGACUUUGCUUUGGCUCAUUUUAACAAAGUAACAUAAACAAGCAGGAAGCUUACUCAAUUAGGCCCUAGUCUCUGCUUUUUAUUAUUUUCAUU